AUAAAGGAUUCACCGAUGACUCCCCCCACUAUUAAGUCUAGAGAAGAAGCAACUAUACAACUUGAGAAGCAAGUUAAUAAUUUAUUCAUUACAUCUGUAGCUAAUGGAGAACCAAAUCACAGUCUUCUUGAUAUGGACGACAGAGAAAUAAUGAACCUUACGCGUAAUAUUAAGGACCCUAUUUCUGUGUCCAAACUAAUUAAUCGCCAUGAGGCUCUCUCUGAUAAACGAUAUGAAAAUGAAAAUUCGAAUACUUCGUUUAUAACAGAGGCUCAAUUAUACAUUACUUUCGCAUUUCUCAUCCAAAAUUAUGUGAUUGUAAUUCCCUACGAGACUUCUCUUAAAGACUUGAUUAAUACAAUUGAACAACGAUAUAAUGUAAAAGUUAAUCAUAGUAACUUAUAUUUCAAGAAUGCUGUUAAUGAUAGAAUAAAUAUUGUGGAUGAAGAGGAUUGGCUUGUAGCUAGAUUUGAGGCAAAAGAAAUUAUGAAUAAUAAGAUUGUCUUAUACUUUUCUUAAAUUGAAAUUUAUAUGAAAUGGUAG